AUGGAGGUCUUUCAGGUAGAAGUGCCGCUUCGACGCGAUUUCGCGGGGACGAGUUGCGAACAGGUCAUUGUUGAACAUACGUUCGCAGCCAGCUAUGGCACUCCCUAUGUUGGCACUUACGCUCCACGUGAGAACUGCGAGUUCAACACAGUUAUAUUCAACAUUUCUAUAAAAUCCAGUGGCAUAAAUUAUGAUCGAUUGGGACUGUUGUUCUUUGGCGAUAUCGAAAUCUUGCGUACAAGCACCGCCAUGCCAACGCGGACCGGCAUCUUCUGGAACUUUCAGAAGGAUAUGACCAUCUACGACAGUCUUCUCAGGUCGGAACAGAAAAUUAUUAUGCAGCUUGACAACAUCUAUGACUCAGUCUUCACCGGCGCCUGGGACGUGACAGUCACAGCGCUGUAUUACAAUGAUGACUACGACGGCCCGCUCACCCCUGCUGAAAUCAUACUGCCCCUUUCAACGCUUUCAUCUGCGGUGAAUAGCUCAUCAGUGUUCUCACUGCCAAAUGAUAAUACCACAAUGGCUCACACCCUACCAAGAAAUGCAGCCAGAACAGUGGUGAACAUCGUCGCCUCGGGCAAUGGCAAUGAGGAAUUCUGGUAUCGUCAUGUUCCGUCCGAGUUCGCCUAUACGUUCAAUUCCACCAAAAUCAAAGACAACGGUCCUUUCCGGGAAGUACAGUUGUUCCUUGAUGGUAAGCUAGCAGGUGUGAGCUGGCCGUUCCCAAUUGUCUUUACAGGAGGCAUCAACCCUGCUCUCUGGGUUCCUAUCGUCGGAUUUCACUCAUAUGAUGUUCCCAGCUAUCAGAUCGACAUCUCCCCAUGGCUUGGUAUCCUAUGCGAUGGACAGCCACAUACGUUUAGCUUGGCUGUGGCAGGAUACGACUCCACAACGCUACUCGGAACAACUAAUGAGAACUGGUGGAUCAGUGGGAGCAUUUUCGUCUGGAUUGAUAAAGCCGGUAACCAAACCACUGCUGAGAAUCUUAUAUCAACAACGCCGCUGCCCACAUUUGAUCUAACAGACAACACCAUAACUUCUGGUGUGGUCAACACAUCCAUAUCACUUAUCUUGAAUGCCAAGAGACACCUAUCUCACUCGGCCCUGGUUACAACAUCCUCUGGAACACAGCUUCUCACUUGGUCCCAAGAGCUCUUCUACUUCAACAGCCAAUACUGGACCGACGUCACUCAGUACUCAUCAAACGGUACCCUGGACCAGAGAACAAACGGUAUUGAGACCUUCUCGCCCCUAGGUCCCGGCGCUUCGAUCACCAAUACUUUCAGAUAUUUCAUCUCGACCGUCCAAAACGUAUCAUAUCCCGUCAAUCACGACCUCUCCAACUCGUCGCUAUACGGUUCCAUUGACCACUCAAUAUCUUGCGGGUCAACCCCUAUCCUGUCCUACCUCACAUACCCAUCCGUGUUUGCAUCUUUCAAUCAAAGGCUUGCCACGCGGCAGGUCGGCUGGGCCGUUGAGUAUUGGAAUAACACAUAUUAUCAGGAAGCUGGUGCUAUUGACCCAGCCGAGAGCUCCGACGGUGAGACUGAGCAGUGGUAUACGUAUUCCGGUCCGAUAAGCGAUGGAUCGAGUGAUGAAACGCAUUACAGUCGGCAUGUGAAGGCGCUGGAUGGGUACGAGCCGGUGUUGUUGGUGGAUGAUUAA